GGAACUACAACGAGUUGGUCUAGUGAAAGAAAGGGAAGACAUUUCAUGCUGCACACUGAAAGGGCACGUCACGUAGAGCAAUGGCGACGUCCAUGAUGGAAAUGUUUAAAGGGUUUUUAUUGACGUAUUUUAUGCCAGAGAAAUGUUUUGAUGAGUUUUUUCUCAACUUUAAUUUUCUGAAUGUGCCAUGUCUGAAGAUUGUUUUAAGCAAAGGUCUUGGAAUUGGGAUCAUACUGGGGUCGGUAAUGGUGAAGUUGCCACAGGUCUUUAAGCUGAUGGGGGCAAAGAGUGCAGAGGGCCUAAGCUUCAACUCCAUCUUGUUGGAGCUGUUCGCCAUCACUGGUACCAUGGCCUACAGUAUUGCCCACAAAUUCCCCUUCAGUGCCUGGGGUGAAGCCCUCUUCCUCAUGCUGCAGACUGUGGCUAUUGGGUUCCUUAUACAGCACUACAGGGGUAACACUAUCAGAGGAGUGGGAUUCAUAGUGCUGUAUUUCAUUGUUGUGUGUGUCCUGUUGUCUCCGUUUACUCCCCUGUUGGUCAUUACCACCAUGCAGGCUUCAAACAUGCCAGCGAUCAUUGUGGGCCGGCUCAUUCAGGCUGGAACCAAUUACAGCAAUGGCCACACUGGUCAGCUCUCCGCAAUCUCCAUCUUCCUGCUGUUUGCUGGCUCUCUGGCUCGUAUCUUCACUUCUGUGCAGGAGACAGGAGACUCCCUGAUGGCCCUGACCUAUGUCAUCUCUUCCUGCUGUAAUGGCCUUAUUGCUGCUCAGGUUCUUUACUACUGGAAUUGUGACCCCAGCCUCAAAAAGAAGGUGGAAUAGUCACAGCAAGCAGACUCAUGCACUUGUAAACACAAUUCGCACAGUACACACAAACUACAUUGUUCACAACUUCCAGACCCAGGACCAAACUCAUACCUUCUCUUGAAUAAGACCACCCCUCACUGUAAGGGCUCUUGACCAUGGACUCACCACACCAAUUUCUGCCUACUUGCCUACCCCCACCCCCAAAACAAAUAGUUGUCACAUAAAUGCAUUUUCUUUAUCCAGUCACUCCUCAAACAAUUGAAAUGUCAGUCUUUAUGAUUCUUUAUGGUUAUUGCUUCAAAAAGUGCUAAAGAAUAAACUGGCUGUUCCUGUUUAUUCCUAAAUAUUUUAUUCCUAAUCAAUGCCUUCCAGUGAUUAAAAUAUCCAAAUACAUAGCAGUUUGAGUCAUUCCAGCUCUUAUGUAGGAACAAGCUAGUGCAUUGAGCGGUCCAACCGGUAAGUUUCACUUGCCUGCUUCUUGUAAAACCUGAAAUGGUUUGGGUAUAUUAUUUCCCUGGAACUGCCACUGAAAGGUAUAAUUAACAAUUAUUCCAUUGCUGAAUUUGAUACGGUUUGAGAUUUGUGGAAGGGGGGGGGGGUGGUGGUAAGGAAGCAAAGUUUUAGUUUAGGGGUAAUGCUUUGCACACACAGAUGAAUUGGAAUCAUUGCUUAUCCAUUGAUCCAGUUAGAUCUAGGACAGUGGUUCGCACACCUCUCCUUGGCUACCCCCCGCCAGAUUCAGGUAUUUGAUGUGUUCCACUGAUCUAGAGCAUUUCCCUAUAUGAGGAGUGUCCAGUCUUAUCCAACAAGGAUUGGUGUGGGUGCAGGUUUUUGUUUGAGACCAGCACUAAUACACCUGGUUCUACUUAUCAAGGUCUUGAUUGAAGAAUAUGAUUAGUUAACUAGUUGAUUCUGGUGUCAUUGUGCUAAAACAAAAAACCUGCACCCACUAUCCUUUCUCAGAUUAGAUUGACACCCCUGCCCUAUACUCAGCUGUAAAAAAAAAAUGGUUUGCAUUUACAAAAUCAUUGAAUAAUAUUUCUUAUUUUACUGUGCUGAAGCUGUUAUUUUGCAAUCUUUCUUGGAUUCAAUAAAUGUAUUCAUAAAUCCAUUUUAGUGUGGUACGAUAGAUAGGACAUUAUAGGGCAUUACUGUAUUAUUGGUAAUGUCUAUGCAGAGUAAGUCUGUUUGCCUAGGGAAACAGUAAAUACCAUGGGUUAUGAAAAAGAGUUU